UUUCCUAUCUAUUCGUUCAGCCCUAUCUAUUCGUGAACAAUCUUCACGCGAAAUUUGCCGCAAUCCGAACGGUCGCGCGUGCCCGGUUUCUAUACAAGUUUUGACAGGAGAUAUUUUGCUCCCCAGAUAUGUGAAAAAUGCGAACUAAAAACCCCACUCCAUCCAGAUAUCAUGGCAAGUAUAGAAACUAUACAAAAGAUAACAUUCUAAAGGCUUACUAUGAAGUAAAGAAUCAUAGAUCGUCUCUGCGCAAGGCGGCGAGGGAAUAUGGUGUCCCCUACCAGACAUUGAGGGACAGAGUCUCUGGCAAGGUUGAUCCUGAAGAUUUUGCGAGGGAAACCGUACUUGAGACAGAAGAGGAACUGGGGCUGGUAGAACAUGCGGAACAAUGUGCAAGAUUGGGAUACGGGUAUUCAAAUAUGGAAAUGAAAAAACUUGCCGGCGAACUGGCGUUCAAGCUUGGAAGAAGGAAAAGAGACAAACCCCUAAGUAACUGUUGGCUUUAUGGUUUCUUGGGACGUUGGAGAGAAAGGCUUUCAACACUAAAGCCAUCUGCUCUGGAUUCCAACAGAGCGAAAAAUACAACCCCAGAGGCCGUUCAGACAUACUUUCACAAUCUUAAGAAUACCAUUGACACCCUACAUCUUGAAAACAGGCCAGACCUGAUAUUUAAUAUGGACGAGACUGGCAUAAGUCCAGAGCACAGACCGCCAAAUAUUAUUGCCCCUUCCAAUGAAAAACCACAUUCAGUAACGUCCCCACGAUCAGCAACGACGACCCUCAUAGCAUGUGCCAACGCAGCUGGAAGCAACAUACCUCCCUACUUUGUUUUUAAAGGUAAAAGAUUCAACGAAGACUUAAUGCAAGGUGCAUCUGCUGGGGCCGGUUAUGCUAUGUCCGAUUCCGGGUGGUCAACGACAACAGUUUUUCAGGAUUACCUAAAAAUCCAUUUUCUAAAACAUGUAAAACGGGACCACGAGAACCAACCCGUCCUACUUAUACUUGAUGGGCAUACAACUCAUACAUCAUCCGAGUUGAUCCAAUGGGCGCUUACCAACAACAUACACAUAUUUGUAUUGCCGGCGCACACUUCACAUGUUUUACAACCUCUUGAUGUCGCAGUGUUCGGGCCAUUCAAGCGGUUUUAUUACAGCGAAUGUUCCGCGUACAUGAAAACAAACAUGGGUAAAAUCGUAACUUAGUACGAUAUAGCUGCCAUCGCCUGUCAAGCGUAUCUAAAGGCUAUGAGUCCGUGGAACAUUGUGUCUGCCUUUAAGAAAACAGGAAUAUACCCACUUGACAAGACAGCAAUUUCACAGAACCAAUUAUACCCGUGUGAAGCAUUUAGAGACGAGACACCGCUUCAAAAGAUAAAUGCACUUUGUUCAGG